GGCAUCAUAUCUGAAAAUAUUCAGGGACUUCCAAACUGUAACAAGUGUCAUGAUUUUAUGAAAAAGUGAAAAUGUUCUUGUUCCUAAUUUGGGUGGAUGGACCCUUUAAGGCCACAAGCUCUAACAGGCUACUUAUCAAUUAAGCUGAUUGUCACAUUGUGUGAAAGUAAAUAGCUAGCUAACAUAACCUAAGGACACCAGCUCCAAACGGCUGACUGAAGCUAACAAUAAAGCGACAGAAACAAGCCUGCGGGUUGUCGUAGAGGCCACCAUGACACAGCAGACAACGUGGCCAGCCCAUCCAUGCUCUGUGCCCUACGAUGUGACUGUUGCCAGCACAUCGUACGGGGCCGGUGGCUACGCGGGCGUGGUGGAGCCUCCUCAGGUGAUACCUCAUUUUUACAGCACGGUGGCUAAAAGGUCACGUCGAAGAAGAGAGGACAGGGAAUUAUUCCUGGACCGGUCUGUAUUUAAUUUAGUGUACACUCAUCGGUGCCUUGCCCUAACUGACCCCAAGCUGCUGGGUUGGUAUCUCAGUUUGAGUCCAGAGGACAGAAAGAUCAUACAAGACAAAGGGGGGUUUCACCACUUCCUGCAAGGACACCCAGGCCUAAAACUGUCAAGGCGUCAUGUUUAUGUGAAGAAUUACAGUGGAAGAACCGGUUCUGCCCGGCCAUUCUUGGAAAUCAACAAUCAUACAUCAAAGAUGUUAGGAGCGACGAGAUGCAGAUGUGGAAUUAUGCAAAACUGUUACACAUCUCCAGAAGUGGCCCAUUCACAUCUAGACCUGGAGAUGUGUCCCAAUGAUGUGAGGGGGACCCUGCUUGGCUAUGGCAACAGCAUGGGUGGAUCACAAAGCCGUCCACAUGAGGAGAGCAGUAGCAGCAAGGACCGAGCGGCCUGGGCGAGCUCUUUGUAUGUGGACAGGGAGCUGGAAAGAUGGAGACAGGGAGGAAAGCCUGAGCUCAGGAGCUGGUCUGCAGUGAUGGAAAAUCAGAGUGUUGAUUUCAUACAUACUGAAGCCAAUUCAUUAUGGUCAGAGUGGCCACCAAGUGAGAAAAAGUCUCCUCCUGAGGAUCAUGAUGAGGUUAGCUCAAGCCUUGAAGGUCAGAGUGACAACAUCUGCGUCAUCAAGGAGGAUGAUAUGAGUGUACUUGCCUGUUUGCCUACUGAAGAUGUGAAAGCGCAUAACAGUGGGGUUCACUCAGGUCCAGUCACCAGUAGUAGUGAAGCACAGGCAGCCAGCAGUGACACUGUGGAGGCUGCCGUCAAGAUGAACACUGUAGAUAAGUACACCUCCCCAAUACCCCGUGUUACUGUCUGUGAUGUCAUGGUUGGCACUGAGCCUGCACUGUGCAUGGCAGCCUUCACUCAGACUGAGGAUCCAGAAACAUCUGACAAACAUGUCAUUACUGAAGUCCACAUGGCAGAUCUGGACUAUCUUGCAGAGGAGUUUAUCAAACUCAGGAUGGUUAAAGAGGAGCUGAGAGAGCAAAAGGAGAAAAUGAAAAGCCUGAGUUGUAGACUGAAAAGAGAAUGUGACUGUGUCCAGCGUGCUCAGCAGGCAGAGCUAUGCCUCCUGGCCCUGCAGUACAGCAUGUGCACACAGCACUGCUGGAGACUCUACUAUACCUCUGCUGAGGGAGGCCAAGUCCCUCCACUGCCAAAGAACCCUCCUGCAAACAUUGGACAUGUUGUGCAAAAACUGGAAUCUGAUUAUAAUCAGAUGAGAGAUAAGAUCCUGGCAGGGGUUCCACUGAAGGAGCUCAAGCCUCUGUCUGUUGACUGUGAGAAGAUAACCACAGGAUCACGUUACAUCCCUGCAGAGAUCAUUGGUGAUAAGCUGGGAAACGUUCCAUCUUGGUGCUCCCAGGAGCCACAUAAUCCAUCAGGUGAAGAAAAUGGACGUCCUGCUGAUCAAAUCAGAAAUGGCUGCCAGCCCAGUCAGAGAAAGGAGCAGAGCAAGAAGAACUGCAAAAAGAAGACAGCUGUCACGAUGGUGCCCCAUGAUAGAGAUUCUGUCCAUACUGCAAACAAGCAAGAAGGAAAGCAGAUAAAAGCUGUAUGCAAAGAGCUCAACACAAUGGAGGCGUGGUACGAUGCUGAAGAGGACCUGGAGCCUGCAGGAUCUGCAGUAGCCGCUGAGAGGGGACAGGAUCCAGCAGUGGUUAAUAAAGAUGUGACCAAUCCAGAAUCAGCCAGUGGUGAACCAAAGUGCUCAGUACUGUGUGUUUCCGACCUUCCCAGUAAUGUGACAGAGAGUGAUGUGAUGCUGUGGUUUGAGAAAUAUCAUGCCUCUGAAGUCAGCAUCACUGCUUUAAAGAAUGAUUUGAGAGUUGCCAUAGUGACGAUCGGUGAACCCCAAUCUGCCGAGGCUGCAGUGAGAGAGCUGAAUGGCUGUACCAUGCAAGGCUAUACUUUGCAUGUGGAGCACAUCAUCAGUGCAAAUGGUGGGAGCCACAGUCAGGCCUCGGCCCCCAUCGGUGAGCUUAAGUGUUCACAGGACGACAAACCACAAACCUCCAAGACUGAAUCCAGCAGCGCUGACAGACAGUUGAUAGGACAGACACCGCCUAGCUCGAGCAUCAAGAUCAGGAAGGUAGUCUGCAUCUCCCCCACAGCAAAGGGGACCUGUGUGCCCCAACACUAUGGAACCAUGGGCAGCUUCGAUACCUUGAUGGCAGAGCUGACACAGUGCCACCCAGAUGUUGGAAGGCAGAGGAUUGUGGAUGCCCUGGUGGAGCUGAGGGCCAAGCACCAGGGUAUCCUCGGCAGCUUGCCCCUCAGGACCAUCAGGGAGAUGACUUCAGAGCUUCUGACCAGGCCUGCGAGUGCAGCACAGUUAUGAGAAAGUUCUGCUCCGUGGUUCAAAAAUAUUUGUUGUCACUAGUGAUUUGUUAGUUGUUACAGUAGCAUCACAAACCCACAGGAUUUUCUUUGCAACAUAGAAGAAAUUAAUCUAAAAGGAAAUGUAACUAAAUGUAAAUGUGUUCUGAAACAGUGUUGCUAUCUACCACAGUGUAUUUCCAGUAAGCUUUUUUUAUUGAGUGCGUGUUUUUUUAUCUUCAGAGUUCAAAGGCUUUAGAUGGUGUCUCUUCUGCCAGCUAUUCAGUUGUAAAAUUAUAUUUCAGAAAAGUGUUGGUGUCUAGGUUUGCAUACAGUUAUAUGCAGCAGUUUUGUGCAUGUUUUGUGUAAUUAAGAGCUGGCAUUAAAACACUUCUUUCCUUGA